UUCUAUUGAAGCAACUCAAGGUGGGUUCCUGGGAUGGCUCCUAGAUGGCAGCUGGUCACCAGAAAGACCAAGCCAUGAUUAGAAGCUUGGAAUUUUCAGCCUUACCUCCCUCCUCAUCUUCCAGUGUGGGGAGAGAGGCUGGGAAUAGACUUAAUAAUUGAUCAUGUCUAUGUGAGGAAGCCUCCACAAAAUCCCAAUAGCAGUGGGCCCAGAGAACAUCCAGUUUGGAGAACACACCCUUAUACCAGGAGGGUGACAUACUACAUCUCCACAGGGACAGAAGCACCUGCACUUAAGAUCCUCCCAGACCUUGCCAUAUGUAUAUCCUCAUCUGGCUAUUCAUCUGUGUUCUUUAUCAUAUCAUUUAAUAAACUUGUAAAUGUAAAUAAGUGUUUUCCUUAGUUGUGUGAGCUGCUCUAGAAAAUUAAUCAAACCUCAGGAAGGAUCAUACGAACCUCUGAUGUGUAACCAAAUUGAAAAGAAGUUGUGGGUAACCUGGGGAUCUACUAGUUGUGAUUGGAAUCUGCAGGUGGGGGCAGUCUUGUGGGAAUGAAGCCUUAGUGGGGUCUUAUGCUACUUCCAGGUAGAUAGUGUUGGAAUUGAGUAAAAUUAUAGAACACCCAGAUGCGGUUGCAGAGAAUUGCUUGAUGUGGGGAAAACUCCAUAUACAUUUGGUAACCAGAGUGUCAGAAGUCAAGUGUUAUGUAUGAGUGGGUUAGUGAUGUCAUAGUAGACACAUUGGAGAGGAACAUACAAAGAAAGAACAGGAUUAUUUCCUACUGAAAAGAGAGAACUGUAGGGUUUUCGAACACAAAACUCUUUAUCUGGGUUUUGCUAUUAAGAACAGCUCUUAUUAUACAAGUGCAAAAUUUUAUUUUGAAAAUAGACUUACCCUGUGGAAGGAUGCAACUGAAGGUGUGCUGACAGUAAAACGAAACCCUGGAAUCAAAGAGACGUCUUCCUACCGCGGAAACGAGGCUCUAAGCGGAUACGCGAGAACCCUAAGUGUGAACUGCUGGGCACCCGUAGCUCAGAGUCUCAGGUUCAGGCCCCGGCACCGGAAGUGGCCGCCCAGCUUGACUUCCGCUCCCCGAGUAGGAAGGCUUGCGGCUCGCCCACCGGUUGCCAGAAAACCGCUAGGAGUCUGAGAUGAUGGAGGCAGCGCGCCCUCCGUUGACGGCGGGAAAGUUUGUGGUGGUUGGCGGUGGCAUCGCGGGUGUCACCUGUGCUGAGCAGUUGGCUAUUCACUUUCCAUCAGAAGAUAUUCUCCUGGUAACAGCUUCUCCUGUUAUUAAAGCAGUUACAAAUUUCAAGCAGGUUUCUAAAGUAUUGGAGGAAUUUGAUGUUGAAGAGCAACCGAAUACCAUGUUAGAAAAUCGCUUUCCCAACAUUAAGGUUAUAGAAUCUGGAGUAAAGCAACUGAAGAGUAAAGAACAUUGCAUUUUAACAGGAGAUGGCAGUCAGCAUGUAUAUAAGAAACUCUGUCUGUGUGCUGGAGCUAAGCCAAAGUUGAUAUGUGAAGGAAAUCCUUAUGUAUUAGGAAUCCGUGAUACAGACAGUGCUCAGGAAUUUCAGAAACAGCUUACUAAAGCUAAAAGAAUAAUGAUCAUAGGGAAUGGUGGCAUUGCACUUGAACUAGUGUAUGAAAUUGAAGGCUGUGAAGUCAUUUGGGCCAUUAAAGACAAAGCCAUUGGGAAUACUUUCUUCGAUGCAGGUGCAGCUGAAUUCUUGACUUCAAAGCUCAUUGAUGAAAAACCAGAGGCUAAAAUUGCACAUAAAAGAACCAGAUAUACAACUGAAGGAAGAAAAAAGGAAAGACAAACCAAAGGUAGUGCUGGCAAUAUGGGCAGUGCCUUGGGACCUGAUUGGCAUGAAGGCUUGAAUCUUAAAGGAACAAAAGAGUUUUCUCGUAAGAUUCACAUUGAAACUAUGUGUGAAGUAAAGAAAAUCUACCUUCAGGAAGAAUUUAGAAUUUUGAGGAAAAAGUCCUUGCCUUUUCCGAGAGACCAUCAUAAUCAGCCAGUCACAACUGAUAAAGAAGUAUGGCCUGUAUAUGUGGAAUUGACCAGUGAAAAGAUAUACGGCUGUGAUUUCAUUGUCAGUGCUACAGGAGUUACACCAAAUAUAGAACCUUUUCUCUGUGGCAACAAUUUUGAUCUAGGCGAAGAUGGUGGCCUGAAAGUGGAUGAUCACAUGCACACGUCUCUCUCUGAUAUCUAUGCUGCAGGUGACAUCUGCACUGCAUCAUGGCAGCCCAGCCCAGUGUGGCAGCAGAUGAGGCUGUGGACCCAGGCUAGACAGAUGGGGUGGUACGCAGCCAAGUGCAUGGCCGCAGCUACUUUAGGACAAUCUACUGACAUGGACUUCAGCUUUGAACUUUUUGCUCACAUAACAAAAUUCUUCAACUAUAAGGUUGUAUUGCUGGGAAAAUACAAUGCACAGGGCUUAGGUUCAGAUCAUGAAUUAAUGCUGAGAUGUACCAAAGGACAAGAAUACAUCAAAGUCGUCAUGCAGAAUGGGCGCAUGAUGGGAGCUGUCUUAAUUGGUGAAACUGAUUUAGAAGAAACAUUUGAAAACUUAAUUUUAAAUCAAAUGGAUCUUUCAUCAUAUGGAGAAGAUCUGCUAGAUCCCAAUAUUGAUUUAGAAGAUUAUUUUGAUUAAUAAAAGCAUUUCAAGAGCUACAUAAUGUUCCAAAUAAUACAAAGUCACAAUAAGGUAAAAUUUAAUAGAAGUGAUAAUGAUUUCAGUGGCAAAGUUUUAAAAUAUAUUUUUUCUAACUUAAAACCUAGCACUUAAUGUAAAUUUAAGUUAUUCAUUUCUAAUUUAGCUUUGGGGCAGAUUCAGCUAGGUUGUGAUCUACUUAGCCAACAACUUGGCCUGGUACACCAGAAUCAUUCUGAUUGAAAUGUUAGGGCUGUGGUUUCAAGAGGCUUAUAGUUUGGUUUUACUUCUAGAAAUGUAGCAAUAGUUUACUUACUAAUAUCAUUUGUAUUGAUACUUUAUUCCUUUUGCAUUUGGAUUCCACAGCUGUUAAAAGCUGAAAUCACUCCCUUUGUAAUAAGCCUAUAUAUUCCAUGUGAUAACACUGCUAUCAACAGUUAUGUAAAAAUAAUGAGUUUAUGUGAACUUUACAUUUGUCUCAUUUUAUACUGUCAAUUUUUAUAAAUCAUGAUCUCAAGUGUUCAAGCCUUCAAUAUUAAUGAAAUUGUCUUAAACUACAAAAUAAUGGUGUAUACGUGCAUAAAAUGUUUUCUUGGAAAA